AUGGCGUCCCAACAGACAGGCGAAGCGUAUGAGCAGGAAAACGUGCACCAAGUAUAUCAAGAAAUUGCUCAGCAUUUCUCUGCCACCCGCUACAAGCCAUGGCCUAUAGUCGAGCAAUUCCUCACGAGCCUAGCACCAGGUGCAGUGGGUCUAGAUGUAGGGUGUGGUAAUGGCAAAAACUUGAUGGUAAAUCGAGAUGUCUUUAUCAUCGCUUCAGAUAGAUCCGAAAACCUGGCUCGGAUUGCCAUGCAGCACCAGCCGCAUUCGACAGUGGUGGCCGAUAUUCUUGACCUCCCGCACCGAGAUGAAAACUUCGACUUUGCAAUUUCGAUCGCAGUGGUGCAUCAUCUUUCCACUCCGGCCCGGCGAGUUCAAGCAGUCGCCGAAAUCUUGCGAACUGUGAAACAGGGUUCAGGGAUGCAGGAAGGUGGGAAGAUCCUGAUUUACGCCUGGGCUCUUGAGCAAAAGAAUAGCCGUAGAGGUUGGGACAAAGGCGAUGAGCAAGAUCGAAUGGUUCCCUGGGUUCGUAAGGGUGAUCAACCCCAGACUUUCCAUCGCUACUACCACUUGUACGCGCAAGGCGAACUGGAGCGUGACAUCGAUAGUGCUGGCGGCCGUGUGCUAGAAUCCGGGUACGAGAAAGAUAACUGGUGGGCGAUUGCAACCCCCAAGACUGCUCAUGACGUUUGA